AUGGCCUUCGUGCCCACCUCCGUGGGGAGCGUGGAGAUCUCCCCGCUGAGCGCCCGCUGGAGCUUGUCGGACUUGGAGGUGGCCAGCCCCCCGGGCUUCGGCCAGUAUAGCUUCCUUACGCUGGGCAGCGGCGUGUUCGACCUGAGCUUCCGCUCGGUGAUCUUCAACCCCUUGCAGCUGCAAGAGCUGACGCUCCAAGACGUGCACUUGAACAUCGAUCAGCAUGUUGAUGGCAGCUCCAAUGCCAAGAGCAUCAUGGAGCACAUUACCAAGGCCUCGUCAUCUGCGCAAAGCAAGCAGUUCAACGAGGUGAUCAUGACCAAGAAGGUGAUCGUCGACAAGAUCUCCUUCUCCAACAUCGUCACGCGACUUUGCCUCCACCCCUCCUGCGAGAUGUCGCCCCCGCCCUACUUCGUGAUCAAGAAAGUAGAGGUGAGCGAUGUUGGCAAGAAGGAGGGGGGAGUCUAUGUGCCGGACCUCCUGCAGGUGAUAGUGCGGGCGGUGGUGGUGGCGGCCAUCCGGGCGGCACCCCACCAGCUGGGGAACCCCUUGGCCGAAUCUCUCGGCGCAGGCCUGCUACAGGCACUGGAUUACGCGCAGAUCCAUUACGCCUCUUGGAUGAGGUGA